AACAAGCGUCGACUGAGAAAAAUCGAUCUGAAUGGUCAUCCAAAUCGGAAUUCAACUCGGGAGCUCUGGCCUAUGCCUAGAGCUCCGACUUUCCGAAAUGAAGAUCACCAACGUCAUGAUUUGACCUCGUAUUUUUCCGUGUUCCAAGUUGUUUGAACGCGGCAUUAGGUUCGCGAAUUUGUGACGUGGAAACGAUUACAGUAUCCGGAAGUGUGGCCGCAACCAUCUGGGAUGGUUUUCUUUCCUUUGGAAGCAAUUUUACAAAUAGUUUAUGAAACCAUAUUCUUAAUUAUGCCGGAUAUUUGAACGAACAUGGUCUGCAUCUGUAUUGUAAGAGGGAGGUCUUGCUAACUAGCUAGCUACGAUGCCUUGUUGAAUUAUAUGAUAAGCUAGCCGGCUAGCUAGCUAACAACAGCUACUAUAGUAACGUUAAUCUCUUUGACACAACUUUACAAGGCCAACGUUCGCUAGCAACCACCAGCCUGGUCGCAUGGAUCAUUACAUUUGUUGAAUUUCAGCCUAGCUUUAAAAAUGGAUGACAAAUACAGCAGCAAUGUACUUUCCAGUGGACAGCUUGGCAGGGUUGAAGUACCGAAUGCCAGGCUAACCAGGUACAUAGUGUUACUGCUUGUGUCCAAGGUGUUGAAGGCACUUGGGAUCUUUGAAUCAUAUGACCUCCUUAAAGUUGUCCAUAUUGUUCAGUUCAUCUUCAUACUAAAAUUGGGGUGUGCAGUGAUUUUGGUUUUCUUCCAAAAACCAUUCUCUUCUGGGAAAGCAAUUUCAAAGAGACAGUGGAUCAAGCUUCUCAAACAUUCGGUCAUCAGCUGCAUCAUUUCCCUCCUGGGUUUCUUUGGUCUCACUCUCUGUGGACCUUUAAGGACGUUGUUACUGUUUGAGCACAGCGAUGUGGUGGUCAUCGCACUCCUCAGUGUUCUAUUCACAAGCUCAGGAGGUGGCCCCUCCAAGACCAGAGGUGCUGCUCUCUUCAUUAUCGCUGUCAUCUGUCUCCUUCUCUUUGACAAUGAUGACCUCAUGGCGAAGAUGGCGGAACAUCCUGAAGGACACCAUGACAGUGCCCUCACUCAUGCUCUCUAUACUGCUAUUGCAUUCUUGGGGGUAGCAGAUCACAAGGGUGGGGUUGUGUUGCUGGUGGUGUCUCUCUGCCUGAAGAUUGGCUUCCACACAGCUUCCAGGAAGUUGUCUGUGGAGAUCGGGGGAGCCAAACGCCUCUAUGCUCUGGAUAACCUGGUCUCCUCCAUAGUCCUGCUGCCCUGGGUCAUAGUGCUCUCAGCCACCACAGAGAGCAAAGUGGAGUCAUGGUCGGCUCUUAUCCUGCCAUUUGGGAUGAUCAUCUUCUCUGUAAUGAUCCUGGAGUUCUAUGUAGAGUCCAUCUGCAUCACCAAGAUGGAGGCUCCCAGAUGUGCCCGCUACGGCUCCAUCUUUCUCUUCCUCAGCGGGCUGCUGCUGGCCAACUUCUGGACCCACCCGCUGACGGAACAGCUCCGGACCAUGAGCAAGACCCCCCAGCAAGAGAGCACAGAGACGGAGCAUGUGCUCUCUGGGGGUGUGCUGGUCAGUGCAGUCUUCUUCAUCAUGGCUGACAGCAUCUUGUCGUCACCAUCGAAGAAGGGUCAGAAGGGGACCUUGGUGGGGUAUUCCCCCGAGGGAACCCCUCUGUAUAACUUCAUGGGGGACGCCCUGCAGCACACGUCCCAGUCUCUGCCCCGCUUCAUCAAAGACUCCCUCAAACAGAUCCUGGAGGAGUAUGAUUCCAGACAGAUCUUCUACUUCCUCUGUCUCAAUCUGGCUUUCACGUUUGUGGAGCUCUUCUACGGUGUGUGGACCAACAGCCUGGGCCUGAUCUCUGAUGGCUUCCACAUGUUGUUUGACUGCUCUGCUCUAGUGCUGGGCCUCUUCGCAGCUCUCAUGACACGCUGGAAAGCAACCAGGAUAUUCUCUUAUGGAUAUGGCCGAGUUGAAAUUCUCUCUGGAUUCAUCAAUGGCUUGUUCCUCAUGGUCAUAGCUUUCUUUGUCUUUGUGGAGUCAGUCACACGACUCGUAGACCCUCCCAACAUUAACACAGACAUGUUGACACCUGUGUCAGUUGGAGGGCUCCUCGUCAACCUAGUGGGUAUCUGUGCCUUCAGCCACGCCCACUCCCACGGUGCCGCUAAAAGCAACUGUUCAUCACAUGAUCAUGGCCACUCCCACGGGCAUGGGCACAGCGAGCACGGGCACUCUCAUGGGGGACAUGGGCACGGUGGAAACGGGCAUGGGCAGAGCAGUCAUGGACACAGUCAUGGAAGCAGCCAUGGCCACUCCCAUGGCGGGGGCAUGAAUGCCAAUAUGAGAGGUGUCUUUCUGCACGUGCUGGCUGACACCCUGGGCAGUGUUGGUGUGAUCAUCUCCACAAUUCUCAUUCGUCAGUUUGGCUGGUUGAUCGCUGACCCCAUCUGUUCCCUCUUCAUCUCCACCCUCAUCUUCCUCAGUGUCAUCCCGCUGCUGACAGAUGCAGCCGAGGUCCUCCUCUUGAGGACGCCUCCUGAACAUGAGAAGGACCUCAACAUCGCCCUGGAAAAGAUUGAGAAAGUAGAAGGUGUGCUAUCUUACCGCGACCCUCACUUUUGGAGACACUCAGCCAGUGUCAUCGCAGGAACGAUUCACCUGCAGCUGAUGUCAGACGUUGUGGAGCAGAGGAUCAUACAGCAGGUGACUGCUAUUCUGAAAGAUGCCGGGGUGAAUAAUCUAUCUGUCCAGGUGGAGAAGGAGGCCUAUUUCCAGCACAUGUCUGGCCUCACUACUGGAUUCCAUGAUGUUCUGGCAAUGACACAACAAAUGGAGUCCAUGAAUUAUCUGAAAGAUGGAACAUGUAUCAUGUAACUUAUUCUGUGGUACCAAAUCAAAUUUUAGAUUUUUUUUUUUUUUUUUGCAUUUAUGUGUGUGUGCAGUUCAUGUGAAAUAAAAAUUGAAUAUAUAACUUUUA